AUGUCUGAUUCCGAACAAUCUAUCAAAGUUCUUAACGAACUUUUCGAGAAGCUUUCGGUCGCUACCCCAGAGACCAGAGAGGCUACCGCUGUCGAGAUCUCUUCGUUCUUGAACGGUAACAUCAUCGAGCAUGACGUUCCUGAGCAGUUCUUCGCCAGCAUCUCCAAGGCUUUGAAGGACAAGAAGGCCGCUUCCAACGCUUUGGAGGCCAUCAUCCGUGUCGCCAGCGAGUCCAACUUGGCCCCAUCCGUCGAGGCCUGUGUUGUCCGUUUGGUGCCUGAGAUCUGUGCCAAGGCCGGUGACAAGGACAAGGACAUCCAGCAACAGGCUUCUACCGCCUUGUUGGCUAUCGUCAAGGCUAUCAACCCAGUUGCCACCAAGGUUUUGUUGCCUCACUUGACCACCCGUAUUGCUGAGACCAACAAAUGGCAGGAGAAGGUCGCCAUCUUGGCUGCCGUUUCCGAUCUGGUUGACGCCGCUAAGACUCAGGUCGCUUUGAGAAUGCCUGAGUUGAUCCCAGUUUUGUCUGAGGCUAUGUGGGACACCAAGAAGGAGGUCAAGGAGGCUGCCACUGCCACCAUCACCAAGGCCACUGAGACUGUCGACAACAAGGAUAUCGACCGUUUCAUUCCUAAGUUGAUUGAGUGUAUCGCCAACCCUAAGGAGGUCCCAGAGACCGUCCACUUGCUGGGUGCCACCACUUUCGUCGCUGAGGUUACCCCAGCUACCUUGUCCAUCAUGGUUCCAUUGUUGGCCAGAGGUUUGGCUGAGAGAGAGACCUCUAUCAAGCGUAAGGCUGCUGUCAUUAUCGACAACAUGUGUAAGCUGGUCGAGGACCCUCAGGUCGUUGCUCCUUUCUUGAGCAAGCUGUUGCCAGGUUUGAAGAACAACUUCGCCACCAUUGCCGACCCAGAAGCCCGUGAGGUUACUUUGAGAGCCUUGAAGACUUUGAGAAGAGUUGGUAAUGUCGGUGCGGACGACUCUCUACCAGAGGUCUCCCACGCCGGUGACAUUUCCACCACCAGAGGUGUCUUGGACUCUCUGUUGAAGGACAAGAAGAUCGACUCCAGAUUCGAGCAUGUCAAGCACUACAUUGCUGGUAUGGCCGCUGACUUGAUCGACGAGAGAAUCAUCGACCAACAGGCUUGGUUCACUCACGUUCUACCAUACGCCACCGUCUUCUUGCACGAGAGAGAGGCCAAGGAGAUCAUCGACGACUUCAGAAAGCUGGCCGUUGACAACAUCCCUGUCGGUCCAAACUUCGACGAUGAGGAGGACGAGGGUGAGGACUUGUGUAACUGUGAGUUCUCUCUGGCCUACGGUGCUAAGAUCUUGUUGAACAAGACUCAGCUGAGAUUGAAGAGAGCUAGAAGAUACGGUCUGUGUGGUCCUAACGGUGCUGGUAAGUCCACCUUGAUGAGAGCCAUUGCUAACGGCCAAGUCGACGGUUUCCCAACCCAGGACGAGUGUAGAACUGUCUACGUCGAGCACGACAUUGACGGUACUCACUCCGACACCUCCGUCUUGGACUUCGUCUUCCAGGGUGACGUCGGUACCAAGGAGGUCAUCACUGAGAAGCUGAGAGAGUUCGGUUUCUCUGACGAGAUGAUCAACAUGCCAAUCUCCUCCCUAUCUGGUGGUUGGAAGAUGAAGCUGGCUUUGGCCAGAGCUGUGUUGAAGAACGCCGACAUCUUGUUGUUGGAUGAGCCAACUAACCAUUUGGACACUGUUAACGUCGCUUGGUUGGUUAACUACUUGAACACAUGUGGUAUCACUUCUAUCAUUGUUUCUCACGACUCUGGGUUCUUGGACAGCGUUACUCAAUACAUUAUCCACUACGAGGGUCUGAAGUUGAGAAAGUACAAGGGUAACAUGUCUGAGUUUGUCAAGAAGUGCCCAACCGCCAAGUCUUACUACGAGCUAGGCGCCUCCGACUUGGAGUUCAGAUUCCCAGAGCCAGGUUUCUUGGAGGGUGUCAAGACCAAGCAGAAGGCUAUCGUUAAGGUCUCCAACAUGAGCUUCCAGUACCCAGGUACCGCCAAGCCUCAAAUCCGCGACGUUUCUUUCCAGUGCUCCCUUUCUUCCAGAAUUGCUGUCAUUGGUCCAAACGGUGCUGGUAAGUCCACCUUGAUCAACGUCUUGACUGGUGAGUUGCUGCCAACUACCGGUGAGGUCUACACUCAUGAGAACUGUCGUAUCGCUUACAUUAAGCAGCACGCUUUCGCUCACAUCGAGUCCCACUUGGACAAGACCCCAUCUGAGUACAUCCAGUGGAGAUUCCAAACUGGUGAAGACAGAGAGACCAUGGACAGAGCCAACAGAGUCAUCAACGAGGAGGAUGCUGAGUCCAUGAACAAGAUCUUCAAGAUCGAGGGUACCCCAAGAAGAAUUCAGGGCAUCCACGCCAGAAGAAAGUUCAAGAACUCUUACGAGUACGAGUGUUCUUUCUUGUUGGGUGAGAACAUUGGUAUGAAGUCUGAGAGAUGGGUUCCAAUGAUGUCCGUUGACAACGCCUGGAUUCCAAGAGGUGAGUUGGUCGAGUCUCACUCUAAGAUGGUUGCUGAGGUUGACAUGAAGGAGGCUUUGGCUUCCGGUCAGUUCCGUCCUUUGACCAGAAAGGAGAUCGAAGAGCACUGUGCCAUGUUGGGUCUAGACGCUGAGUUGGUUUCCCACUCCAGAAUCAGAGGUUUGUCUGGUGGUCAAAAGGUCAAGUUGGUCUUGGCCGCCUGUUCGUGGCAGAGACCUCACUUGAUCGUCUUGGAUGAGCCUACUAACUAUUUGGACAGAGACUCUUUGGGUGCUUUGUCCAAGGCUUUGAAGGCUUUCGACGGUGGUGUUAUCAUCAUUACUCACUCUGCUGAGUUCACCAAGAACUUGACUGAGGAAGUCUGGGCCGUUAACAACGGUGUCAUGGUUCCAUCUGGACACAACUGGGUUGCUGGCCAGGGUUCCGGUCCAAGAAUCGAGAAGAAGGAGGACGAAGAGGACAAAUUCGAUGCCAUGGGUAACAAGAUUAGCAGUGGUACUAAGAAGAAGAAGUUGUCUUCUGCCGAGCUAAGAAAGAAGAAGAAGGAGAGAAUGAAGAAGAAGAAGGAGAUGGGUGACGCUUACGUUUCCUCCGAUGAAGACUUUUAA